AUGGACCACCAGUUUGACUCACGAAUCCCGCCACUCCCCUUUGCAAACAAGCCCGGCGGCACCCAAGAAUCCUACUUGGGGCCGUCUCUGGGCGAUGUAUCCGACUCAAGAUCGUACGUGCUAUUCGACCAGUCGCAAACGCAGGCGUUCCCGUUGCAAUCGCAAACCCAGCCCCUUCCUUCCCCGAAUCACGGGCUACCCAACAGCCAGGCGCCUGCCCCGCGACCACAGCCGCUGCAUGCGUAUCCACAACCACCCCAAGUACCGCCCAACUUGCAGCCGCAACCCCACUCCUCGCCGCCGCGCUCCCAGGUCGCCUCUCCCGCCCACCCACCACGCCAGCAGCAAUCAAAGGAAUCCGCCGCGUCCAAAUUCAAGGGCCCUCCAAGGGCAAUCAUCCUUGAAUUUGCGGUUUUUGCCCCUUCGGUUGCCCACGAGAUCGCCCUAGCUCAGAAGGGGAAACCGACGCCGGCCGUGCCCGAAUGGUCAAAGUUAGGCCACGCAGGCGUCAUUACCUGGAUGGUCCACCUCUCGGACUACUCGUUUGACUUGUUCAAACGAGAUUUCAUCACAAGGGUGUCGGUCGAUCGCGAACAUGUCUGCACGCAUUUGAGGAAGUUGGAGUUGGAGGGAAAUAAGAUCCAGUGGCGGUGCACGAUCCACAACAAUCGUGUUUUCGGAGUCGCCCGCAACACGGCAGUCACAUCCGAGGAAGAAUGGUCGAACUUCGUGACGGAGGUAGCUUGCAACCCCGGGAAUGAGGUCAAAGUGAAAAUCACCAUGCAGGACCCAUCAGUCCUGGAGAAGCAGGCUGCCGCGUUCACUCCAGCCCGGGUCACCGCAAACGGGAUCGUCCGCCCCCCCCGGAUGAUCCAUGAUACACCGACGCCGGCUUGGGUUGGUUCGGAUCGCGCGAAGGCGGGGGCCUCGCGGGCAACAACCAGUACACCCCAAGCGGCGCUGCCACCGAUUCAACCCCCUUCACCUCGGAUCCCAGUGCCCGCCGUGUCCUAUUGGGGGGAUCCUUGCGACGGCGAGAUGGCUCCUAUAUCCCAACCACGCGUCCCCAUAAACGCCCGGGUGGGGGUGCCCAUCCGAUCAGAAUCCCCUCAGGGGUUGCCUGACGUCAACGAGCUGGACCGCCUGAGCCCGAGUGCCCCGGGGUCGCCCUCCGAGUUGCAGGCCAACUCGUCGGACACCAAUCACUACCCUGAGGACCCAGCCGAGCAUGACGCAAUGGAGCGUGCACUGCGCCCCUUCGCCCGGCCGCCAGCUAGGUCCCCACAGCAGUCAAUCUCCGUGGCCAGCACGGAAAUCGACUCCAAUAAACAGACAGUGCGGGCGGGCGCCAGUCUUGGGCCCGCCGGCUCCGCCGGGAUGUGA